CUUCAUUUUCUAAACUAUUUCAACCCACUUGAAUAUGAGUUUGAAGCUAUUUUCUCAUGGCUUGAUUCCUCCGGUCAAAUUAAGAUUGCAAACUGUGAGGGCUGAAGAGUCUUCUGGUCCAGCAACAGGUUUUGUUGUUUCUAGGAGUUUGCGCCUGCAGAUAUUAGAGCGAGUUGAUGAGGAGCUUAGGAAGGGUAAUGAGAAGAGAGCUCUUACUCUUGUCAAAGACGCCCAAGGGAAGCCUGGGGGUCUUUGUGGUUUUGGAGCAGCUAGACAGGUACCCCAAAGACUAUAUAGUCUGGAUGAACUGAAGCUUAAUGGAAUUGACACUUCUUCUUUCUUAUCUCCGGUUGAUGUAACAUUGGGGUCAAUAGAGAGAAGCCUUCAGUUUGCUGCCAUUGUAGGAGGUCUUUCAGCAUGGUUUACUUUUGGGAUUUCUCCAGCACAGAUAUUAUACGUUUCCUUGGGAUUACUGUUCCUUUGGUCAUUGGAUUCGGUCUAUUUUUAUGGCGGGGUUAAGAAUCUGAUGCUUGAUACCAUUGGGCACAUUUCUAGUCAGAAAUAUCACAACAGAGUAAUUCAGCAUGAAGCUGGGCAUUUCUUAAUAGCCUAUUUGCUUGGAGUGCUUCCUAAGGGAUACACAUUAACAAGUUGGGAAGCUUUGAUCAAGGAAAAUUCACUCAAUGUGCAAGCUGGAACUGCUUUUGUGGAUUUUGAAUUUCUUGAAGAAAUAAAUGCGGGAAAGCUAUCAGCAAAGAUGCUUAACAGAUUCUCAUGCAUAGCACUGGCAGGAGUAGCUACAGAGUACCUCCUAUUUGGGUAUGCUGAAGGUGGUCUUGCCGACAUUGACAAGUUGGAUAAGUUGCUCAAGAGCUUGGGUUUCACCCAGAGGAAAGCAGAUUCGCAAGUUAGAUGGUCUGUGCUGAAUACUGUUCUUUUACUCCGUCGCCAUGAAAAAGUUAGAUCACAGCUUGCUGAGGCCAUGGCUUUGGGGAAAUCAGUUGGCUCUUGCAUUGACAUAAUUGAAAAGUUCAUUAAUUGUGAUGAUAUUUGACAUACAAUACCAUAUUUUCCCGGGAUAUUAGUGAGCUGAUAUUGCUAAAAGUUCAGCAACAUGGACAUAAAUAAGUCCAAUGUCGUCCAUUUUAAAUAUUUGAGAUUUCAGGAUGGUUGUUUCAGUUCUCCAGAUUGAUGGUUAUUUGUUGCCUCUUGGAACUUGGUA